AAAUAUGUUGAAAUUGAAGAGCUCAAAGAUCAUGUGACAUGAAUGGACCAAUCACAGCGUUCGAACUUUCAAAGGAUUUUUCACCACUCAAACCCGUUGGAGUAGUUGCGUAGCCAUUGCUGUUUGUGUGGAGUGCGAUCGUUAGUUUUGAGAUCUGGUAUCAUCAUGGGCAUCGAAAAGCAUCCGGCUCUGCAAGGCAACAAGAAAUCGUCUUCAGACUCCAGUGCAUGAUUUUGAUUACGAGAUGCACAGUGACACCAAGGAUGAGUAGCCCCAGCUGUCACUGUACAUGCCGAACUGAGGGGAUUGUGAAUGAUGGCCGUAUACCAACAGUCUGGCUCCAUUGUUCAUGAAGCUUAGCACCAUUUUAUGUAUAUAGCAGAUAGGAGUGAGCACGAAAUGCAGCAGGUUGAAUCCAUAUCCCAGAAUAAUACAUCUGCAACAAAGGACAGGGAGAACAGGCUGUGUGCAAUGGCAAAGGAGACGGGAGGUAAGCUGGAAGUGAAGGAGCCCCCCCCACGUGAAGAGCCUCAUGUUGAGCCUGUUAAUGGGGUGGUGCAACCUCCUGUGGUCCCACAGCCAGACCGGCCUGGCCGUAUCACCAACCAGAUCCAAUUCUUGCAGAAGAAUGUCGUGAAGGCAGUAUGGAAACAUCAGUUUGCCUGGCCGUUCCACCAGCCAGUGGAUGCUAAGAAAUUAAACUUGCCUGAUUACCAUAAAAUUAUUAAACAGCCCAUGGAUCUUGGUACAAUAAAAAAACGUUUGGAGAACAACUAUUAUUGGAGCGCCAAGGAAUGCAUUCAGGAUUUCAACACAAUGUUCACAAACUGCUAUGUGUACAACAAGCCUGGUGAAGAUGUUGUUGUCAUGGCACAGACCCUGGAGAAACUGUUCCUCACAAAGGUGGCAGGAAUGUUCAAAGAGGAAAUCGAGCUGGACCCACCACCUCCAAAAGGUCCAAAAGGGAAGAAGGGACGCAGCAAUUUGGGGGGUGCAGGCGGAGGGCAGCGAGGGCGCCCCUCAUCCAGUAGCAGCAAUAGUGGUGGCGGUGCAGUGACAUCAAGUGUACCCAAUGCUGUUGGGGCAUCUCCCAGCUCUGUGGUUCAGUCAUCUCCUGCAGCUCCUGUUGCCACAAUGACAGGUUCUGGUCAUCUCCCUCUGGGCACUCAGCCCCCUACAACAGUGCCAGGGAGUACUGCCACCACCACUGUUCCCACUCCAGGAUCUGGGGCCCUGUCACAUGGCACCCACAACUCGCUCCCACAGCAGCCCCAUUGGAAGAAAUCCAGUGGAAACAAGUUGGGCGAUCGUGGGACCAAGGGAAUGGAUCCGGCACACAUGAUUCAGCGGUUGGGGAAUCGAUGGUCUAAAAAUGUUGCCCCUCCAACUGGAGGCUACCAUGCACAGCCGGCACUCAUGUCACAGACAGUGGACGGCCAGGCACCUCCUGCAGGCACCAUGCAUAGUCAGAGUGUGCCACCCCCAGUCAUGCCCCCCGCUCAGCCAGCCAAGGUGAAAAAGGGAGUGAAAAGAAAGGCUGACACUACAACACCAACUGCAAAUUCUUUUGACCCACUAUUUACACCUAUGGAAUCAAAAUCUGCUAAGAUCUCAACGCGGAGAGAGUCCGGGCGGCAGAUCAAGAAGCCUCAGCGGCAGACAGAGGAUGGUCUCCCGUUCCACCAGGCAACACUACCCCUCAUGUCCUCCGGGCUGAGCAGUCAGCCUCCACCCAGCGGUGGGAAACCGAAGGACAAACUGAAUGAUUCUCUUAAAGCGUGCAAUGAAAUCCUAAAGGAGCUCUUCUCCAAAAAACAUUCGGGUUAUGCGUGGCCCUUCUAUAAGCCAGUGGAUGCAGAUCUCCUGGGACUGCAUGAUUAUCAUGACAUCAUUAAGAAGCCCAUGGAUCUUGGAACAGUAAAGCAAAAGAUGGACAGCCGGGAGUACAAGACAGCUGGCGAGUUUGCUGCAGAUGUGCGGUUAAUAUUCACUAACUGUUACAAGUACAACCCUCCUGAUCAUGAUGUCGUGGCCAUGGCACGAAAGUUGCAGGAUGUAUUCGAGAUGAGGUAUGCAAAAAUACCCGAUGAGCCUCUUGGUGGUGCUGUGGGUCUGGAGAAGUCCAGCACGUCUAGUACGUCAGGGUCAGAGUCGAGUACAAGUUCUGACUCUGAGUCAGACGAUUCUGAAGCGGAGCGUGUGCGGAAACUAGCUCUUCUUCAGGAACAGCUGAAGGCCAUGCAGGAUCAGAUGAGGAAAUUGGUAGAAGAGAGUACAGUGAAACGAGGCAAGAAGAAAAAGGAAGAAAAGGAGAAGAAGAAGAAGAAAAAGCCUGAGAAACAUUUAAGUUCUGUGAAAGAAGUGCGUUCUUCAGUGGUGAAUGACACUGUGGGUGCUAGCAUUGCAAGUGUUGCGUUAGGAGCGGGGGAUGUGAAGUUGCCAACGGAAUUGCAUCACAGUGUGAGUGCUAAGCAGUCAGGUGGUGCUCAUCAUGUGGCUCCAGCAGGUCCUCCUGCACCACCAGCUGCUGCUGCUGCUGUUGCUGCUGCAGCGGCUGCAACCACCACUGGUGCAAAGAACACUAAAAACAAAACUGCUCGAGGUGCUGGAAAAACAGCAGGGCCAAAUGCACAGCCCAGACGGCCUAAAGCCAACUCGCGGUCAGCUGGUAGCAAGAAGAAGAAUGCCGUUGUGCCCCCACCCAUGCAGUUUGAUUCAGAGGAUGAGGACAAUGCCAAGCCAAUGUCAUACGAUGAGAAGAGGCAGCUCAGCCUUGAUAUUAACAAACUGCCAGGUGACAAGCUGGGAAGAGUUGUGCACAUCAUUCAGUCCCGAGAACCUUCUUUGAGGGAUUCAAAUCCGGAUGAGAUAGAGAUUGACUUUGAAACUCUCAAGCCGUCUACACUGCGGGAACUGGAGUCGUAUGUUGCAUCCUGUCUUAGGAAAAAGCCACGUAAGCCAUACUACAAGAAACUUCCAGGGAAGUCAAAAGAUGAGCAGAUGGCUGAGAAGAAGCAAGAGCUGGAGAAGAGGUUGCAGGAUGUGACAGGACAGCUUGGGUCAGCAAAGAAGCCGCCCAAGAAAGAGGAAAACAAGUCUGUGGAUGUGGGUGGCACCUCCCGGCUUUCAGCCUCCAGUUCCAGCAGUUCGGACACAGACUCCAGUAGUUCCAGCCUCUCUAGCAGUUCGUCCGACUCCAGUGACUCGGAAGCAGGUCGAACAGGGAGACCACCACGCAAGAGAAACAAGAAGAAUAACCACCAGACUAAGGCACCAGUGACCUCAGUACCAGGUCCUGUGGCAACACUCACAAUGCCGUCAGCAGGUCAUGUCAUGAGCAGUGCAGGCCGUAAGCAUGCCGCACCCAAGCAGCAGGCACCCAUCCCAGAGCCAGUGGUGACAACAAAACCAGUUCCCGUGGCAAGCCACACUCUUCCCCCUCAGCCUCCCCGACCAACAGCCACAGCCACUGCUGCUCCAGUCAAGAAGGUGACUCCACCUGUUGCGGCCCCAGUGCCACCAAAAGUGAACAUUCCAGCUACAGAGAAACCAACUGAGCCCAGUUUGAAGAAGGAGCCUAUCAUGCUUCCAGUAACAACAAGUACAAACACCACAACGACCACAGCAGCGCCUACUGUGGCUUCCACAGUGACACUUACACCAGUUCCAGUUGCAAACCUGAUGCCCCCCGAGUACAACAACAAGCCAUCUACAGUCCCUGUAGAUCCCCUGGCACAGAUGCCCAUGAUCGUCACAACUGCCUCCAGCAUUGUCAGCACACCAAUAACCAUGCAUCCAGGUUUUGAUAUGUCCCUGCCUGCCUCGCCACCAACACCACAACAGCAUUCCAGUAAUGGCUUCACACACGUUGCCAGUAUUCCAGCAAUGCAGCCAGUCAAGACAGAAGAACAAAGCCCACCACUGGGGGGGUACAACAACGGAAUGCAAAUGGCAACAGGUGUGCCAUCAAUUUUUGAUCCACUCCCAGCAACCAGUCUUGCCACUACAAUAAUGCAAAAUCAGGUGGUGAAGAAAGAAGAGAAGCAAGUAUUGCCAAUUGUCAUUCAACCCACAGCAAAUAAGCCUGUCAGUGAUGGGCUGUUGAACAACUCUGUGCCAGUUGAGAAGAAAAUGACUCCUCCAGACUCAACUAAAACAUCAGCAGCUAACUUUGCAUCGGCAUUCAAAAACAAGCUGUCGCCUGUUCUGGAACAGAACGUGAAGAAUGCCAGCUCCUGGUCUUCUCUUGCCCAAGCAUCAUCUCCACAGAACACACCUGGUCCCACUACCUCCUCUCUCAAGUCCACCAUGGACAACAGCUUCCAGGCCUUUAAGAAGCAGGCAAAGGAAAAGAUGGAUCGGCAACGUGCACUGAUUGAACAGCAGGAACUACGCCGUGUUCAGAAAGAGCAGCAGGAAAGAGAAAGGUUACGCCUUGAGAAUGAGAAACGGAGAGAACGCGAAGAGGAGGAGGCACUUGAGAAAGUCAGAAAAGCUGCUCAGGACCAGCAGCAGCAGCAGCAGCAGCAGUCACGACAGGAAGAUGCAAAGACAUCACCACCUCAAGAAAGCAUUAAUCCUAAUCAACAGGUCCCAGAUAAGUCAGCUGCUGAACGUGAGCGGCAGCGGCUUCGUGAGCAGGAACGGCGUCGCAGGGAAGCAAUGGCUGGACAAAUCGACAUGAACAUGCAGAGUGACCUAAUGGCUGCUUUUGAGGAAUCGUUAUAAUGAAGGCAAAUAUUAACAGGAUAGUUAAGUGGCAAUAUACUUUGUCAAUUGUUUUCAUUUGUGUGAGUGUUGAGUGUGUGUCGUCGAGCGAAUUGUGUGCGAAAACACUUGUACAUUGAGAGGAAUGAAAUUUUUAGUUUGGAGUACCAGUAUAUAUUAAUUUAUGUUUUGUGACAUUGAUGUUGGACUGGUGAGAUCAUGACCUGUGUGUUGGUAGUUUCCAGUUUUUCCUUCAUCAGCUAGAUGGUUCAUAUUUUGUAAAUAAGUAGCAAGAAACUGUAAUUUAUUAUUACAUGAAGCUUCACCUCUCCUCAUGAUCAUGUGUGGUUGUUGUCAUCAUUCUGCUGUGUCAAGAGAAUAUAAUUAAUUUUUAGGAUUUAUUAUUGUGCUGUGACCAACUCCAUUUGCACUGUUGCUCAUAUCACACUGCAUCCACAUGGUGAUCAAAUCAUGAAUUUUGUGCACUGGUAUUGUGUGAUACAAUCAUAUGCUGGUGUGUAUGGCUCUUUGUUAAAUCUAUUUUUAUAUUCAAGAGUGACAGUUUGGUUUGCAUUAUAUUUUUUAUGAUUCUCUUUUCCCAUUACCAGUCAGCUUCAUUUUGACAGAUUAAGCAAGCAGUUUCUCCAGUUCACAUGUUUUGUAUGAGAUGAGAGAUGUUUGUUGCUGUUGAAUAAACUGUUAUUUUAUUUUUAGUGGUAUAUUUCUUUUGGUAUGAAUUCUAGCUUCUCUUUAUCACAUUAUGUCUCUUGUAUCAAAAUACCAGGAUUAUGGUUAACAGAUGGACUGUUAUUAAGCUCCACAUGUGCUGUGAUUUUGGUAAUUUUCUUUGCAAAAUGUUAUGCAUGCCGUGUUAUGGCACAGCCAACAGAGAGCUCCUGGUAAGUCUCUCCUGGACAUGUAGCAGGGGAGCAUGACUUACAUCAACUGAAUGCAUCUUGGGUUAUACUGAGUGUAAUGGUGCAGCGAAGUUUCAGGCCUGUUGAAAGAAAUGACACCCAGGUGAAUUUCUGCAGCCCAGCGAAGAGUUUAUUUUUUUUUUAAGUUUAUCCUCUCAAUGUGCAGAAUUUGUGCCUGUCUUGUAAGAGGAAUUUUUGUCAGCAACAGACACUGAGAUUUUCAUGGAAGACUUUUAAAAAUGAAACGAAUUACUGAAAUGUGUCUGUGUAAGAAAGGGAACAGGAAAGACCGAAAUAUGUGUUAUAACUGACUUGUGUGAUGUCAGCAAUAUGUUGCACAUGAGUGUUGGUAUCAUUUAGCCUUAAUGACUUGCCAUGUUGGUCUCUGAGUGUACAGUGACUUGUGCAGGCCAGUGAACAGACAACAGUUUACAACUCCAUCAUUCCAGAAAAUAACUGCUUUGGCCCUUAAUGCUCCAACAAGUUUAGAUACUCAUUUUGUGAGUGCAUUCCACAAAAACUACUUUUGAUACGUCAGUUCUAAAGUGGGUUCUGCUGUGUAUGUUAUUCUAAGGCCCUGUAAUCUGGACAUGGUGGCCAGACACACUGUCCAGAGGAUCAUUUGAUCAUUUUGCAGGAGGGUCUAGACUACCACCAGGUGGGUGCUCUGUGGUCAGGAGCAUAUGUUGUGCAUCAUCAUGCCAUUUUAUCAUUCUUUUUGGAAUGGAUCAGUCAGUAUUUAAAUGCGUUUUGUUUUUGUAAAAGGGUAAAAUGAGUUUUUUGACCAACUUGAGCAUGCUCCUGAUCAAUGUGUGUGUGUGUUAAGCAACGGUCUGUGUGCUGAUUUGUGCUUUUAACUUGUUGCCCCUGACAGUUGAGUCUUCCUGCCAUAUUCAUGUAAUGUAAGUUAGAAGCACCUACCACAGUAAUUAAGAGACCAGUGUGUGGUGUUAUGAAAGACUCUUCUUGAGGCAGUUCGGUGCCGACUGUCUUCAGGGCAUGUUUAUUUCACUGUAGCAAAAUGAUGGCUUCAACACCCCAACCCAGAAAACCAGAGCCUGUUCCUCCAUAGCAGCAAAUCUUGUGAUUCUGAGAUGUAAAAACUAAAUAAAAUGUGUUUGUACUUAGGCUUCCUAAUGCAAUGGUGAUUAA